ACAAGAAAUGAAUUACGUGAAUCAAUGGAGAAAGAAUUACAAGAAUUUCGACAAGAACGUAAUUAUUUUGCACAAAGUCGGUUAGAAGAAUCAGAUCUACCAGAUUUUGAUCGAUCAGAACCAAUUGGUACUGGUCAACCUGAACGUAUAUUUCCAAUUGGUUUAACUAGUAAAGCUCAAAGUACACCAAAUAUUUGUAAUAAUAAUAAUAAUAAUAAUGGAACAAUGAAUGAACAUUCACAAUUAUCCACAAUGGAUCAUCCUCAAUCUACUAUAGAAACUAAUCAAUUUGAUAAACAUGAUGAUAAAGAUAUUAAAUUGAAUUCAUCGAAUAUACAAAAUUCUAAUGAUCAUAAUGAUACACAAAAUUUAUCAAGAUCAUCAAAUCUUAAUAGAAAAACACGAACAUCAGUUAGUCCAACUAGAAUACAAGCGGAUCAUUUAAUUAAUCAGGUAUAUCUAUGUGUAGAUUUAGAUUUUAUAUAA